CAGUGAGUCGCACUCCGCCUUUGUCCAGAGGGGAAACUGAGGCCCGGCGAGGUCAGGGGGCCGGUGGGUUCUGCGAGGAUCGGGUUUCCUCCUUUCCUCCCCCAUCAGAGCCUGGCUGUUUCAUCCAUCCAUUCAUCUAUCCGCCCACUCACCCACCCAGCUUGCCAGCCAACCCCUGCGGGGGAGCUAUGGUCAGGGCCAGUUUGAGGAGAGUGUUGAGCUGUGGGGCUUCAGGGCUUUCCCUGGAAGUGGGGAGAGGUGGGAGAGUGUUCCCUGCUGAGGGGACGCUGGCGCGACUGGGUUAGGGCGAGGAGUUCACUUUUCUGAGAACUGAUAGAUUCAUGGAUAGGAAGUGGGGAAGAUGAGGAUGGACAGAGAGCCGAGGCCAGACCUGCUGGGUCUCGUGGGCUGAGGUGAGGAGGGUGUGGUCUCCAUCUGGGGCAGUGGUGAGCCCUGGGAGGGUUUGGAGCAGGAAGGGACAUCCCAGAUGUUUUUGGACAAAGAUCCCUAUGGCCUUUCCUCUUUGCCCCAUGCAGUUCAGAGGAUAGAAACCCUAAGAUGUGAUGGGCUUGUGCCCUUUUCAGGGGAGAUCCAUGACCCCCUGAACCUGGACUGUUUAUAUCUUUCACCUUCUCCCUGGAACAAGUAAAUCGGCUCCCCCAGCUGAAGUCACAUCUUAACCCUGAUGACGGGCACCUCCAUCUCCAAGCCAGUCCUGAGUGUCCGAUUCCUUCUGGGUGUCUCUGUAAGAGAGAGGGGGCGACCAGGAACAGAGGUGCUUUAGAGAAGGAGGCCAGGGAAGUGCCCUCUGAGGAGGUGAUUUUUGCGGCCAAGACUUGAAAGAGCAAGCCAUGGGGUUGUAUUUGGGAAGAGCAUUCCUCAUAGAGGGAACAGCCAAUGCAAAGGCCCUGAGGCAGGAUGGUGACUGGCUGGUUCCAAUGAACAGUGAAGAGGCUGGUGUGGCAAAGCAGAGUGAGCAAGAGGGGCUGGUCCAAGCAGAGCCCUUUUGGUCACCAAGGCUUUUGUUCCAAGUGAAACAGGCAGGGUUUUCAGUAGGGGAAGAAGAUUGCUGCAGUGGUUCAGGUGAGCUAGAUGAUGACCUGGACCAGGUGGUGGCUAUGGAGAUGGAGAAGAGGGGGCAGGGCCAGGGGCAUCACCACUGGCUCUUCGAACAAAGACACCGUUGGGGAAAUGGGUGUGACUGGGGUGCGACUGUGGGCCGGGCCUGUGCCGGCCACCCUCUCUCCCGCUGCAGGCCCAGGGAGGGCCAUGAAGGUACUGUUCCUCGCGGGGCUGGGAGCCCUGUUCUUUGCCUAUUAUUGGGAUGACAACUUUGACCCAGCCUCCAGGGAGCCCGUGUGCUGCUGACUGGAGCCAGUGUGGGCGUCGGGGAGGAGCUGGCAUAUCACUAUGCGCGCCUGGGCUCCCACCUGGUGCUCACUGCCCACACCGAGGCUCUCCUGCAGAAGGGCUAUGGGUGGUGUCUCAUAGGGCGCGGGGGGCGGAGCCUCAAGGACAGCUCCGGACUGAUGGGCCUCUCCGGGCCAGGAGGGCUGGACUACCUGGUGCUGAACCACCUCGGCGCCGCCCCAGCAGGCACGCGGGCCCGCAGCGCCCAGGCGACACGCUGGCUCAUGCAGGUGCUCCGCCCCUCCGCGGCCCCGGCUCCGCCCUCCCUCCAGACUCCGCCCUCCCGCCAGACUCCACCCUCUCACCUUUCCCCUCUCGGGCCCCGCCCCUCCCAGCUCCAGACCCCAUCUUUCCUGGUUCUAGGCUCCGCCCUCUUGACCUUGGCUCCGCCCCGGGCUGGUGUUCCCCCUCUUCUAUUCGGAACUCCGCCCCAGUCCUCGAGCCCUGCCCCUACACACCAAGGCCCCGCCCCCAGGCUCUAGGCUCCGCCCCUGCCCCUUCUGGCCUUCGGUUCCUCCUCCGCCCGGUGACUCGCAGUCGCCACCUCCAGGUGAACUUCCUGAGUUACAUGCAACUGACUUCGUCGGCGCUGCCGAGUCUGACUGACAGCAAGGGCUCCCUGGUGGUGGUGUCCUCGUUGCUAGGCCGUGUGCCCCCGUCCUUCUCCAGCCCCUACUCGGCGGCCAAGUUUGCGCUGGGUAGCUUCUUCGGCUCUCUCCGGCGGGAGCUGGACGUGCAGGACGUGAACGUCGCCAUCACCAUGUGCGUCCUGGGCCUCCGGGAUCGCGCCUCGGCCGCCGAGGGAGUCAGGGGCGUCACGAGGGCCAAGGCGGCCCCAGGGCCCAAGGCAGCCCUGGCCGUGAUUCGUGGCAGUGCCACGCGUGCCUCCGGCGUCUUCUACCCGUGGCGCUUCCAUCUGCUCGGCCUGCUUCGCGGCUGGAUGCCACAGCCAAGGGCCUGGUUCAUCCGCCAGGAGCUCAACAUCACGACCCCCGCUGCUGCCUGAGCCCCUGGGCUUAAUGCCCCUUCGUCUUCCCAGAAGAAGACCCUCCAGCCAAUCGUCCUGGAGCCCGGACACACACCGAGACACCUCUGAGUGGGUGGCCAAGGGCCAAAAGAAAGUCAUCAAGACAGAAAAGUGAACCUGAGAAAAACUACCAGCACCUGAAAACAAU